AAAGGCGACAUUUAUCUCAGAAAACAGAAGGAAUGAAGCCCAAGCCUGUCAUAUUUGAAAGUAUGGAGACGUUAGGUGUAAACUUUCAUGACAGAACAACGAGGUACCGGCGUCAGGUCGACACCGAUACUUCUGUCCCGGGCAUUAGUGGAAAUGUCGAACGAAAUGAUCAACCGGAGGAUAAACGAGCAAGAGAAAUCCAUUUCGCCUUUCUGCCUGAGAGAUACGAACCUCUCGUAGAGGAAGAUGACAGGAGACAAACAAGUGAAGAAAAGAAAAGGAAAAAGAAAGACAAGUUUAAGAAAUACAGAAAGAAUAUGAGAAAAGCUUUACGCUACAGCUGGAAGUGUCUGAUGUUUAGCUUACAGAGCCUCACCGUGGGAUACUCCACCCCACUCUCCGCUGCUGCAACACUCUUCCCAGAGUUCUACACAAGACAGACUAGAAGUUAAAAACACCAGUUAUGCUCCUGCUUUUCCCUCAGUGGAUGUAUCUUCCUACCUAACAGAAUGUGCCUUUCUAGCUUUGGGGAAAGUUCUCUGAUGUACAUAAGAAUGAAUAUGGACUUCUUCUUCUUCUUUUUUUUUUUUUUAAACUUUCAAACAAUGAUAUAAGGAAGGUUUUAUUGGUCUUUUUUUAGAGGAAAAUUUGCUAAAUUUUUAAAGUUUCAUAUAUUACUUUUACUGCUAUAACCAAUGAAAUGUUAGACAAAACCUACAGUUGAAAUGGUUUUAUGUUUAUGCGAAAGUUUGUUUGCUAGAUUGUGUUGUAUGUUGCACCGGAGUGAAAAGAACAGAGCAGAGAACAGAGGUAAAGCAGGCAGAGGCCACUUUAAAAUGCAUUUGGAAAUAGGAAUUGUUGAAGAGAGAUGCCUCACGAGUAAGCUGUGGCUAAGAUGUCUGUCAUAAACUCAACUGCCUGAUCCUGCUCUGUAUUGGGCACUGUGACAGGAUAAGUAGAAGAGAAAAGUGCUGUUUUAUAUCUUGGUGGAACAAAUCUGUUUUGGAUGGAAUAGGGAAAAAUGAUAAUACACAGCUAUUAGUGAAAUAGGAACACAUACACUUUCAAAUCAUACAUGUUUUAUUUUUUCUCAGUUAUUAUAAAAUGUGUAAUAUUG